AUGGGAGGCGACUCGCCGAAGGAGCACCGCAGCCCCCUCAAGCCGGGGAAGGGGCGGCGGGGUAAGGUGGAGUCGCGGCUCUUCCAGCGCAUGCCCCAGCGCACGCGCCAGAAGCAUCAGCGCAGGCUCCUGCGGGCGGUGCGAGCGGUGCCGCGCACGCUCGCGCUCGUCGUCGUGCUGUACGCGGUGAGCCUGGUGGUCUACUUCGGGAAGUAUCGCGUGCGCCCGCGUCAUCACCACGCGCCGGAGCUUCCCGCGGUGCUGCGCGAGGGGGAGGUGGAGACGAGCAGCGCCCGAAGGUUGCUGUGCUCCGCGGCGCCGCUGCGAGAUCGGUCGCCGCUGUUUGGCGACGACGAUGGGUUUGGCCUUUUUGGCUUUGGCGCUGACGGCGGGGCGGGAGGGGGGCGCGGGGGGGCGCGGGAACGCGACGACGGAUCGCCCGGCGGCGUGCCGUCGCGCAUCGACGGGGUAUCGACGCUCGGCGCGGGCCACUCCGCGGAUGCCUCCGCGAGCGGCGGCGACGGGGCGACGACCGACGCGUCGUCGUCGCGCCGAUCCGGGAAAAAGACGACCGGGGACGACGCGGGAUCAUCGGUGGGAUCGGCUUUCGCCUCGACUCGAGGCGCGCCGCUGUCCAUCAAGCGCGGGCGCUUCCGAGGGCACCCGAAGACCUUCCGACCCCCCGACCGCGAGCUCUCCGGCCUCAACGCCACCGACGCGCGCGUCUUCGUCCUCGCCGGCGCCGCCGCGUCCGAUCCCGCCGCGCCGGCGCUCCUGGAACAAUUCCUUCGCCAUUACGUCGACGUAGCGAAGGUGCCGGCGUCGCACGUCAUGGUCGUCGUGCACGCCAGGGACGCCGACGACGACGACGCCGUCGACGCCAUGGUAUCGAGCCUGCGCGAACGGCGGGUCUUCCACGAGGUGUGGGAGGGCGAGGCGCUCUUGUUCAGCGCCGUCGCGCACCACUGGGAGAAUCACCUCGCCAACGCCGGGGUGGACGAGGAGGACUGGAUCGUCGUCGCCGACCUCGACGAGCACGUCACGCCCCCCGUCGGGCAGACGGUGCCCUCGUUCCUCGGGUCCGUGGACGAGAUGGGGUACUCGCUGGUGCACGGCGCGUGGGUGGACAGGGUAGCGGAGAGCGGGGAGCUCGUAGACGCCCCCGGUGACGCGACGACGACGAUGAGCGACGCGUUUCCGCUUCGGUGCUCGGUGGGGGCGUGCGGAGGCGGCGCCGGCGUUGGCGGCGGGGGCGGUGGUGGGGGCGGCGGUGGUGGGGGCGGCCACGGCCACCACGGCCACGCGCACGGCCACGGCCACGGCAUCAACACGUACGCGUUGCACGGGCUCCGGCAUCACAGCACCCUCGUCGGCGUCGUCGGCGGCGGCGAGCGGGUGUGGGCGCACCGCGCGCAGUACCCCAUCCUGGACGUCCGGACGCUCCAGGAUUUCGGCCUCGACGACGUCGUCACCGCGUCGAGGCUCGCGGAGGACCACACCAACGCGUACCCCGUGCCCCUCAAGGUGCAGCACUACCAGUGGAGGCGCGGCGCGGCGGAUUUGUUCGAGCGAAGGGCGCGAGGGUACGAGGCGUGCGACUUGAGAGCGCAACGGGACGCCGUCGCCGGGCUCCUUCGGUCGUUGGCCAGGAGCGGGAACGUGGUGUCGCAGGCGGUGUGCCCGGACAUCGUGUGCCACAGGGAGGACGACGGCGGGAGGUGGGCCGCGGGAAGAGGUGGGCGAGAGGUGGGCGACGGGACGACGACGACGGGGCCGAGGGCCGGCGGCGGUUCUGAAUCGGCGAAUCGUGGCGGGGUUUGGGCCGGGGGUGCGGGUGUUCCCGAGGGGGGCGACUCGCGCGCCGAGGGGGACGCACGAACCCUAAACCCCACACACCCCAAACCCGUCCCCGCGCCCGUGCCCAUCGUGCACGACGCGGGACCCGUGGGUAACGGCGGCGCGCCCGGCGGCUACCCCGGCGAGCGCCGCGUCGUCAUCUUCGCCUCGGUGUGGACCCACGUCGACGGCGUGUCGCGGACGAUGAAGCGACUGGCGCACCACCUCGCGUCCAGGCCCGAUUCCUCCGUCUUUGUCAUGUCCCCCGACCUCGCCGAGCGCGAUUUCGUCGAGGCGGCGAACAACGAGCGCUUCCACGUCGCGGACGUGCCCCACGUGCCGAUGCCCGGGCGCGGCGAGUACAAGAUGGCGGCGCCGCUGCAGGCGCGGCAGCGGCACCAGAUCGAGACGUUCUCGCCCCACGUCGUGCACGUCGCCGCGCCGGACAUGCUCGGCCACUCCGCCGUGCGAUGGGCCGCGGAAAACGGCGUGUGCUCGGUGUGCAGCUACCACACCGCGUACGACACCUACCUCCAGUACUACCGCGUCGGCGUCCUCGCCACGCCGCUGCGACAGAUGCUCGGCGGGUUUUACUCCAGCUGCGACGUCGUCGCCACCCCGAGCUACGCCGCCGCCGAGCACCUGUCCGACAUGGGAGUCCCGCGCGAGCGCAUGGGUUUUUUCCCGCGCGGGAUUAACCUGACGAUGUACUCGCCCGCGCAGCGUUCGCUGGAGUUUCGGCGGGAGGUGAUGGGUGUCGGGUCGCGGUCGAGCUCGAGCGGCGGUGGUGGGUCGGGAGGGUGGCCGAGGCGCGCGGGACGUGGCGAUCAGAGGCGGGGCCGGGGCGACUCGCGAGCCGCGGACGCCGGCACCGAGGACGGCGAGGUUGUGAUCCUAUGGGUCGCGAGGAUCGUGCGCGAGAAGGGCCUGGGUUCCUUCGCCAAGACGAUCACCGAGCUGCUCGCGGCCAAGGCUGAGGGGUCCAUCGAGGGUUUGCCGCCGUUCAGGGUGGUUGUCGCUGGCGAGGGUCCUGAUCUGCCGUGGCUUCGGCGGCAGAUCGAGCGGUUCCCCGAGGUUAAGAUUUUGGGCCACACCGGCGGCGACCGCCUGUCGCGGACGUACGCCGCCGGGGACAUCUUCUUCUUCCCCUCGCGCACCGAGGUGAUACCGAACAACCUGAUCGAGUCCAUGGCCAGCGGCCUGGCGGUCGUCACCGACGACGUCGGCGUCAACCGCGCCAUCGUCAAGGACGGCGUCACCGGCGUCCUCGUCGGCGGCACCGACGCCUUACCAGGCGACGUCACCGCGUACGUCGACGCCCUGGUGUCGCUCCUGCGCGACCCGGCCACGCGCAAGCGCAUGAGCAAGGCGGCGCGGAAGAGCACGCACGGCUUGACGUGGGAGAGAACCUUCGGGAGCCUGAGGCGCAGUUACGACAGGUGUCGCCCCGGGAGGCCGUACGCGCGACACCUGGACCCGAACGUGCCGGGAUCCAAGGCGGCGUCGGAGCUCGCCGCGAGGGACGCGGCGUACGGGGACGACGCCGUCGGAGGAGGAGGCGGCGUCGCUUCGGCGGCGUCGGCUGCUGCGGCGCACGAGGAGCACGGGAUGAGCGUGUCGGGCGCGUUGCUCGGGAUAUCGGCGGCGGCGGCGGGGGGGGGCGGCGGCGGCGUCGCCUCCGCGCUCGCCGCCGCGUCCUCCGCGCUGUGGCACCCGCGGCACCACGAGCACGCCGCGGGGCACGCCGCGGCGACGCUCCAGGCUGCGCACGAGCGACGCGUGGACUCGCACCUCGAAGACUCCGGGAAGACUCUGGAAGAUUCCGGCGGCACAGCUGGCGACCACAACACAGCUAGCGGUGGAGGGGGAUCCGAGUCGUCGGGGAGUGGGCGAACCCCCGAGUCGGACCCCGGGGACCCGAGACGCGUCCCCGGCUCCGGCCCCGGCGCGGUGAACGUCGGUGGGGUCCGCGAGCGCGACGUCAUCGUCGACCCCGGCGCCCCCGCCGGCAGUUUGCUCUACCGGCUCAGCUACGGCAUGACGGGGGGGUACGUUCGGUCGAUGGAGGACGCGAGGGCGGACGACGAGGCGAUCGCCGCGGCGGAGGCGGCGGCGAAGGAGGCGGCGGCGAGGGCUCUGGCGACGGGGACGUGGGGCGGGGGGGGGUUGAUGGGCGCGGGCGGCGGGUUUUUCGUCGGGUCGCGCCCGGCGAAAACCGCGAGGGCGGCCGAGUGA